AUAUAAAGGGUGAAUAUGCGGCACGGUGAGGAGAGUUGGAGUACACUUUGAACCAUCAGCCUAUAGCAGGAUACGACAUGGCACCAUAUGAUGGGGUUUCAUCAGUGGAUACUCACCAGGAGUUGUCUGCUGCUACACCACUGACCUGGAAAAUGUGUGUGUACACUUAGAAGGAGAAUGAAACCCGGCAAUAGUCCAGCAUCUCCCCAAACAUCAGAAGAUGUUUGUGGUCGUGCAGAGAAAACCAAGCUGCUGUGUGCUGAGCUUGCACGGCCAUUGAAGGCGUUGCGGGGGGAACUUGACUGACAGCAGGGCAAAGCGGGAACAGAAUACGCCCCCUGAGAAGUAAAGAAAACCUGCGAUGGAGCUAGUUGACUUGUCUGUUUGAAAUGGGAAAUGAGCUAGGAAAUGGAUGCCGACGCACAGCUACUAGUGUGAGUAAUGACGUCACGUGUGUGACGUGGUCGUGGCGUGUGAUGUUUGCUGGUAGAUCAUCUUAACACAGCAAGUCGGACUUGAACUGUCAGCACCGUGUUUUCUCUAUCGCUGCAACGUCAACAGUAUGCACGAGCGCGCGCACGCGCGUGUGUGUGUGUGAGCAUGCGCGCGCACACGCUUGCUUGCUAUUGCGCGUGAGGUUCGGAGCUCGGAGUGCAGCGGGGGCGGACUCCGGACUCCGGACUCCGGACUCCGGACUCAAGGCGGCUUCGGGCUUUAAAUCCGCGUCAUUGAAAUAUCAUUGGAGGCGAAAGCAGCUCGUCUGCUCGCACGGCAGGCUGUUGGCGGGAGCACAAUGGACACGACACGCUCGUAUCGUACGUGACGCCGUGAUGGAAUAAUAACACACUCCAGGAGGACGCGCGGGAGCGACAACGGCAAACGCGAGGAAGGAUCCCGUCUGACUCUUGGGACGAGCCGGGAAAGAGUUUCAAACUUUCAAGUGUGUUUCUUUAUUUGGACAGAGGCUGCCAGGCCAUCUGAAUUCCGUUGGGAUGAAGGCCAAUUGUAUUUCCUGUCAGCUUCCAUGCUUUUGCUCAUCUGGGUUGAAAGGAAAGUUCCAUACGGUUUCCCCAUCAUGUCUGCCAUAGCGCUUUUUGAUUGUUGAACACUUUUCGAAUAGAAAUGUGGACUUUUAACCGUGCCAGCCAUCUGCUGCCUGCAAGGUCCAUGUCCUUCAUGUGGGGGCCGCACGGGGUCUUUUGAGGCAGGCUGAGUUUUUCCGGUUGGACCGGUCACAACCAUGUUUCUUCUGGAUGGGAACUGUUCAAAAGGAAUGGAGAGGGGAACGUCGCAGAAGAGGACAGUGUACCACAUCUCCCUCACGCUGGUGAAGAAGGAGACACCGGAGGGUGAGGGAGGCGUAUCGGACCCUCAGCUGGUAGAAAUGCCCAAGGUGGGGGUUUUCCGGCGUGAAGCCUCUCUGGAAGCCCAGCGCAGCAUUUUGCUGGAACAAGUGCGGGAAGUAGAGGACGAGUCAGAUGACUUGUCAUCACAAAGCUAUAUGAGGAACUUCAGGACAUUCAGCACGGGCCAGCUGGAGCUGGGGAGGCUCAAACUGUCUCGCAAGCAACGGGUCCGAAUGUCAAGGAAGGAAGAGACUACGAGUCAUCAGGAAUCAUCCGACACACCGAAGGAAGACGUCUGUCCAAGAACACACUCCGCUAGGAAUGUGGUGAGCAGCAGUGUCAUGAAGAUGAAGACGCUCUUCAAGUCAAAGAGUUUGGAGAAGAGGAGCCCUGAGUGGUUAGACCAUGAUGGAGUGAUGCCACCCACAGGCUCACCAGAGACUCCUCAGCAGGAGCAUGGCGGGCUCCGCCGCAGCUUCAGCUUCCGGCACUGGACAAGAAGCGAAGGUCUCCGUCUGCACGCACUGGCAAAUGACAAAAAACACAAUGACUCUGGGCGCGGCGGCCAUUAUGUGGCAUCUGAAGGACAGAAGGCUGCAGAAGUUGAUGCUGUGCUCCAGAGGCCUGCCAGCCGCCGCCAUGAUCACAGCAGACAGAAGAGCCAGACGUUGGAGGUCGGUGCGAUCCUCAACAAGACCGACUCCAUUUCUGAGCUGAGCUGCGUCAAGAAUCGCACGUUGGACAACAGCGACCUGCAGCAUCUGGCUGCACAGAAGGACGGGUCUGCGUUCCUGCUGAGGAACGGAGACGGGCGUUUUGGUGAGCGGCGGCUACUACGGUUCUUCAGUGGCAUCUUCUCCCACCGGGACGGAACCUCAUUGCCUUGGCAGUCCAGCUCAGAGAGCGUGAACGGAGGAAGCACAGCCGAUGCGUUUGUGAACAGCCAGGAGUGGACGCUCAGUCGCUCUGUGCCAGAACUCAAAGUGGGCAUUGUGGGAAACCUGGCCAGUGGGAAGUCGGCGCUGGUCCACAGGUACCUGACGGGAACCUAUGUUCAGGAGGAGUCGCCUGAAGCUGACGUGGAUGCAGGUGGACGCUUUAAGAAAGAGAUCGUGGUGGACGGGCAGAGUCACCUGCUGCUCAUCAGGGAUGAAGGGGGCCCCCCGGAGGCUCAGUUUGCCUUGUGGGUCGACGCUGUCAUCUUCGUCUUCAGUCUGGAGGAUGAGAUCAGCUUCCAGACGGUCUAUCACUACUUCAACCGCCUCGCCAGCUACAGAAACACUGCCGACUUGCCAUUGGUCCUAGUCGGCACGCAAGACGCCAUCAGCUCGUCAAACCCACGGGUGAUCGAUGACAGCCGGGCCAGAAAACUCUCCAACGACCUGAAGCGCUGCACCUACUACGAAACCUGCGCCACGUACGGCCUAAAUGUGGAGCGAGUCUUCCAAGAUGUUGCUCAAAAGGUGGUCGCCAUUCGGAAGAAGCAGCAGCUGUCCAUCGGGCCCUGUAAAUCACUCCCCAACUCUCCCAGCCACUCAUCCGUCUGUGCCACACAGGUGUCGAUGGUCCAGGGCAAUCAGACGACAAACGGCGGCGGCGGUUUGAGUGACUACUCGUCCUCGGUGCCGUCCACUCCGAGCACCAGCCAGAAGGAGCUGCGCAUCGAUGUCCCUCAGACCACCAACACGCCCACGCCCGUCCGCAAGCAGUCCAAGCGCCGCUCCAACCUGUUCACCUCGAGGAAAGCCAGCGAGACGGACAAGGACAAGAAGGGUCUGGAGGCCCGAGCCGACAGCAUCGGCAGCGGGCGAGCCAUCCCCAUAAAGCAGGGUAUGCUGUUGAAGAGGAGCGGCAAGUCUCUCAACAAGGAAUGGAAGAAAAAGUAUGUGACGCUGUGCGACAAUGGGCUGCUUACCUACCACCCCAGUCUUCAUGACUACAUGCAGAACGUCCACGGUAAAGAAAUCGAUCUGCUCAGGACCACAGUCAAAGUGCCGGGUAAAAGGCCGCCCCGAGCCGUUUCCACCUGUGCGGUCAUGCCCAGCCCAAAAACCAACGGCUUGACGAAGGACAUGAGCAUCCUGCAACUGGGACAGAGUCCAGGUUCUGUGACAAGCAGCUCGUCAGUCUCUCAGAUGGCGAGCGGCGUCAGCCUGGUGUCCUUCAACAGCCGUGGCGCCGAUGGCAUGCACCAGCGCUCGUACUCUGUCUCCAGCGCCGACCAGUGGACCGAAGCCACAGUCAUCGCCAACUCGGGAGUCAGCACAGAUGCGGGCCUGGGUGACUCCAUGUGUUCCAGUCCCAGCAUCUCCAGUACCACAAGUCCCAAGAUGGAGCCGCCCCCGUCACCGCAUGCCAACCGCAAGAAGCACCGGCGGAAGAAAAGCACCAGCAACUUCAAAGCAGACAGCCUCUCUGGAACUGCAGAAGCCAAACGUAAAGUGUGGAAACUUAAUCGCGUUGGUAGUCUGCGCAGCGUUUACGCCAACAGCCUGCACAACUCCGAAGAACAAGAGGAGAACUUUGAAUUCAUCAUCGUGUCGCUAACCGGUCAGACGUGGCAUUUUGAGGCCACCUCAUACGAGGAGCGAGACGCGUGGGUGCAGGUCAUUGAGGGUCAGAUCCUGGCCAGUCUGCAGUCCUGUGAGAGCAGCAAGAACAAGUCUCGUCUGACCAGCCAAACGGAGGCAAUGGCGCUGCAGGCUAUCAGAAGCGUCCGUGGAAACGGCAGCUGUGCCGACUGUGACGCUCAGAACCCCAACUGGGCCAGUCUCAACCUGGGUGCCCUGAUCUGCAUCGAGUGCUCUGGUAUUCACAGAAACCUGGGCACUCACCUGUCGAGGGUGCGCUCAUUGGACCUGGAUGAGUGGCCAAUGGAGCUCAUCAAGGUGAUGUCUGCCAUCGGCAACGAGCUCGCCAACGGCGUGUGGGAGGCAAACUCGCAUGGUCACUUGAAGCCUGCACCUGACGCCAGCAGGGAGGAACGGGAGCGCUGGAUCCGGGCCAAGUACGAGCAGCGCCUCUUCCUGGCGUCGCUGCCCGGCACCGAUCUGUCCCUGGGCCAGCAGCUGCUGCGGGCGACGGUGGAAGAGGACCUGCGCUCCGUGGUACUGCUGCUCGCCCACGGUUCCCGCCAGCAGGUCAACGAGACGUGCGGCGAGGGGGACGGCCGCAACGCGCUGCACCUGGGCAGCCGCAAAGGCAACGUGGUCAUCACGCAGCUUCUCAUCUGGUAUGGCGUUGAUCUGAUGGCGAGGGACGCCCACGGCAACAGCGCCAUGGCGUACGCCCGGCAGGCCAACAGCCAGGAGUGCGUGGACAUGCUGGCUCAGUACGGCUGCCCCGACGAACGCUACCCGCUCAUGGCCACGCCCAACCUGUCACGCCGCAACACCAACCGCAACAACAGUUGCAGCAGUGCAGGGAGCGCCGCAUUCAUUUGACCCCUCCCACCCAGGACGCGCACGACCCGUGCGGCGCUUACCUCCGCCCACCUCCGCCCACCUGGCUUCUCGGACCGCUUGACCUCGGUGACGAGAGUGAAAAGUACCCGACGCGUGCGAGGUCAUUUUCACUUUCACUUUCACUUUCACUUUCAUCCAGGCUUCAUUUCACACGCUACAAGUUGACUUUGUUCUCAGGCAACGUCCACCAAAACACAUCACUUCCUGUGUGACACAUCACUUCCUGUGUGACACACACUGUGCUUUGCUUUGAAAGAAGUCACGUGACUUCCACGGCCCCCCGCCGGCAUUUUUGAAAAUUCUGUGAAGCAUUUGCCCAUUUUAAAUGUGACAAAUAUGGGAAAGAUGGAAAGAUGGAAAGUUGAAUGUCUGACAUCUGACGUUUCACACACACACACACACACACACACACAAGGGUUACGACUGCUAGCUAACUCGCAUGUUGACACCAACACGGAUAUUUAGAAAACUUUAUUUAGAAAGCGUUUGUCCACACGCCAACUUAGACUUUAGCCUUCCGGAGCUUCUGUAUGAACACGUACAACACAGCGUUUUGGAUUGGGUCAUAAGAAAUGUGCAAUAUCCUCUUAUAUAUUUCAACCAGGCGUGUGCCCCACAUGCAGCCCCACGGGUGCCCCAUUUUUUUACUGGCUUACCUCGGCAUUCUCUAGAAAUGAAGUUCAUAUUAAAAAAAACAACUUCUAAUACUCAACUACCACAAGGCUAAGAUAUCAGCGUUUUCUUUGCAUGAAUUGACUGAUCUUGAAUAUAAAGUGCCCCCCUUUUCAUUUUCUGAAUGCGACCCCCAGUUGGGGCACCCCCAAGAGUACACUGUUGUGUACCCGGGGUGUCCAGUCUUUUUCCACCGAGGGCCGCGUACAGAAAGACUUAGAUAUAUGUGAUUUUUUUUUUCAGAGAGGCUAAAAAAUAUAUGUAUAUUUGCAUAUAUUUAUAGCUAUGAAGCUUUAAGGCUGUGUUAUUAAAUAUUAGUAUCACUAUCAGUUUUUUUUUCCUUUACAUUGUGCCUUCUUUUAGUGUUUUUGCCAUUUUUGCUGGGGAUUUUUUGUGUGUGUUUCAUUUGUUUGCAACAUGCUAUGCUCACAAAUGGCCCCAGAGCCACAUUUGGGACACCCCUGGCGUCGCAAUAAAAAAACCAUGUUAAUUCAGCAUUGUGCAUUUUAAAGAUGUGCACAGCAUUGUACAUCUGUAUUGACGAGCUUGGGCAUAUUAUACUGUAUAUGACAUAUCUAUAAUAAUAUAAUAACUAAAUGCCUUUUCAGGCUUUUGGACAAAGUUUGCACGGAAGCUGGUGAAAUUACGUGGACAGAGAUUUUUUUUUUAAUGAUUUUUUGGCAAAAAUGAAAAUAUCCGUGUUGGUGUGGACAGUAGGCCUUCCAACCAACACUCAAGACUGAACUCCACCAAGCGUCCCUUUCAACACAAACACUGAACACUUUUCAUUUCAGCUUGCUUUUAGGUCCUUGUUUACUUCCUGGUGGAACCAAAAGGGAUUUUUUAUUUUUUAUUUUUUUUACAUCAGGAAUACUCGUGGAAGCUUUGGUCUCGACCUGGCCCGUCCCGUCCAAUGAGGCUUGGAAGGGCUUCCGCAUCUUCUUUGUAAAUAGUUUGGUUUGGUGCCAUCAACCACUACAUCAAGUUGGCACUCUUUAUCCACAACCUUGCAGACUAGUAUUUAUUCACGCUCUUCAACGUGUGGCACCCGCCAUGUUUGAACGGCGGAAUUGCUUGGUGGCCCACCGAGAGCCCAAAUGCUGCCGAUGAGCUAAUAGUCUUACUUACAUAUCUCAUAGAUUUGACUGAAUGUGCUGCUGUGUUCCCGUAGAAAUCUUAGUUUCUCUUCACCUCUUUUUCAACAUGUGAUCGUCGUCCCCCCCCCCCCCAUCCACGAUGAUGUUCUGUAAAAAUUAUAUUUUAUUGUGAUUUUUUUUUUUACAACUUUUAUUUAUGACAGAAAUGCACUAAAUUCACUUGGCUCUAUCGUUUAGCUGUACGAGCGUCCGAUGCUUUUAUUUUUGUCUGCUUCGUUUUGUUGGCUUCAAGUGUCCUCUAACUCAGGGGUGACCAAAGUGUGGCCUAGGGGCCAUUUGCAGCACGCAAGCUUGUUGUUUUUUUUGGCCCAUGAAACAUUGUAAAAACACCGCAGUAAAAAGGUGUAACAUACAGAGAAAAAUAUCAAUAGCAUCUUUUCAUUUUUCUUUUCAUUUUUCUCCCUCGUGGGAGAAAUGUUUGGCCACUCUUGACCUAAUUUAUCAGUGCGCCUUUCAUUGAAAUGCUGAGUAAUGUUACUUCCACUUUGUUACACAAAUCAAACGAGCGUGUGUGCUUUUUGUCUUCUAUCAGCCCGACGUGAAAAGAGCAGAUAAACACUCUAAAAACACUCGAUGCUUGCGUUAGCUGCCGUGUUCAUCCCUAACUUGCCCUAAACGAGCCCUCCUGAUGUGUGUGCAUUUUGUAUAGUCCAGACAUCUUUUCAUAUUCUAAUUGACACACGUAUUGAUGUUCUUGUGGUUCUAAUAAUUAUUAGUAUUAUUACCAUUUAGUUGGAUGUACAGUAAGAUAAUACAGAGUCUUCUACGGCAACAUGUCUCUUUUCAAUAAAGACCACAAUGAUGCUUUGCAACACAAACAUCUUCAUUUU